CGUCUGUGACAACCUGUCAGAUGGGCUCGGACUGAAUUACAAGUGUUCUGAAAAACACAGGUUGUAAUGGACAACGGGAAUGCAAAACAUAAUGGCACCGACCAAGUUGCCCCCCCUCUGCGGCUGCUAAUCGUAGGGCAGAAGCGGACGGGAAAGAGCUCAGUGGGCAACACAAUCCUGGGUAAGGAAGCAUUUAAUACAUGGGGUGGAGCAGACAGUGCAGUAGCACAUGGAGAAUCUGAGGGCCGACAGCUGAUGGUCGUGGAUGCCUGUGGAUGGGGCACGAACGAGAACCUGGUCCAUAAACAGGAGAAACUAGAGCUAUUUAACGCCUUGUCACUAUGUGAGCCCGGACCCCACAUUCUGUUCCUUGUCAUUCCCUUACUGCACUUUAGCCACUCCGAGAAAGCGGCCCUACAAAAGCACAUGGAGAUCCUCACAGAGGGUGUGUGGCGCCACACCAUGGUCGUGUUCACACUUGGGGACCGUCUGCGUGACUGCAGCAUACAGGACCACAUCCAGACAGCCGGGAAGGAUCUCCAGUGGCUAAUGGAGAAGUGCAGGUAUAGGUACCACGUUCUUAACAACAAGACACCCCAGGACAGACAGCAGGUCUCUGGUUUAUUGGAUCGUGCGGAAGACAUUCUGAUGGAGAAUGGGGGAUGGCACUUUUCUCUUCACAUGUACUGCAGACUGGAGGAGGAAUGGAGCCGAAGAGAGAGGGAAAUGAAAGAAAAGAUACUAGAGAGACAUGAUGGAGCAGGGAAAACCAGUCGAGGACUGGCUGUGAUUCCUAAUCGCAGUCAAAAAGGUGGUCUGCGUGUGAACGAUACUCUACUGAAAUUAGUUUACCACGGAUAACCUGCUGCCAAACCAAGUUAUACAGCACUGUUUCGGCAUGAACUCAAAGUGAACUUCUGCACUGUAAAUGGGUUUCAUCAACAAAGAUUUUAGGUUAAAAUAUAUCUAUUUCUUCCUUCCUGCAACUGCUCACCAUAUGUCUCAUUUUAUCUCUCAUUUCACUUAAAUGUGUCCAUUUCACCAACAACUACUUUAUGA